CGCGGGUCCGCGUAAGAAGGGUUGGAGGUCCGUCCCGACAGAUUGACGGGACUGGAAGUCUGGCCUUUCCGCAGAUAGGCCAGUAACCUGGGGCGGCUUAGGUGGUGUUAGCUGCGCGGAGGAAGCAGCCUCUGUGAAAUCUGCAUGGGCGUUCAGCCAUAAGCUGAGCUUCUGGAGCUGAGAGAAGGUGGAGGUGUUGGCACGGAAGCUGGGAGCAGUAGGCUAUAGAAAUGGACAAUCAAGUGCUGUCUGCCUUUCAGGAUUUCCCUGUGGAGAAUCUUCACUCAGAGCUUUGCUGAGAGCCAAGGAUGGCCAGCAAGGGGCCCUCAGCCUCUGCGUCCCCUGAGAACUCCAGUGCAGGGGGGCCGAGCGGAAGCAGCAAUGGCACUGGCGAGAGUGGAGGGCAGGACAGUACCUUUGAGUGCAACAUCUGCCUGGACACAGCCAAGGAUGCUGUCAUCAGCCUGUGCGGCCACCUCUUCUGUUGGCCAUGUUUACAUCAGUGGUUGGAGACCAGACCUAAUAGACAGGUGUGUCCAGUCUGCAAAGCCGGCAUCAGCCGAGACAAGGUCAUCCCGCUGUAUGGCAGGGGCAGCACUGGGCAACAGGACCCUAGAGAGAAGACCCCGCCCCGACCUCAGGGACAAAGGCCAGAGCCAGAGAAUAGAGGGGGUUUCCAAGGAUUUGGAUUUGGAGAUGGUGGCUUCCAGAUGUCUUUUGGAAUUGGGGCAUUUCCCUUUGGGAUAUUUGCCACAGCAUUUAACAUAAACGAUGGGCGGCCUCCCCCAGCUGUCCCUGGGACACCCCAGUAUGUGGAUGAACAGUUCCUGUCACGCCUCUUCUUGUUUGUGGCCCUGGUGAUCAUGUUCUGGCUCCUGAUUGCUUAAUGCUGGGCUCCCGGCCUGCAUCUGUGGCAGGGCCUCUGGACUGGUGAUGCACCACCCCCACUUUGGUGUUUGGCUCCUUGGCUAAUACUGACCCCUGGAAUCGGUGGGGUCAGUAACAGAUCAAGGAGUCUUGCUUCUCCAUCAGAGCUUUGGGACUUGGGACUGGUUGACGAGGACCCCUGAGUGUGACCAUUGCUGGGAAUACCCUGCUAUAACCUCAGACCUUGGCAUUGAGUGCCCUCUCAUGAGUGGCACCAUGAAAUCCUGUUCCAGCCAGCUCAACGGGUUCUGGCUCCACCCAGGGAAGAGGUGGGAAAAGAGAAACUGUCAGAAUACAAUUUCACCUGUUUAAUAUUACAAAAACAAAGGGAUGAAUCAACUGGUAUUUAUGGAAACUUUCUUUCAUCAAUUUAAAUACCCCUGGGUAAGCAGCCUCUGAAGCCAGUGAGGCUCCUCUUCCAGAUCCCAGCACUGCUAUGCCCUCUUCCCUCUUCCUCCUCCUCCUCCUCAUCAGAGGGGCAAGAAAUUGCUAUCCCAUAAAGAUCAUAAUUGCAGCAGCUGAAGCUGGAGGUUGUCCAGUCACAUCAUGAAUUCAUCAGAAACCCAACGAUCUUUCUUCGGCCCUGGGUCGUGCUCAGUGUCUUUGUCCCCAGAAAGCAGCUUGAAUGACCUCCUGGUUUCUCGGUAUAGAUUAUCCCCAAUGAAACAUGUGGCAUAAUUCACAGAUUUCCCAUCAGCUUUCCUCCCAAAACUAUGUGCACGUCCACCUCUCUCUGGCAGAAGGCACAUCUCUCAGACUCUGCUGAAGCUGGGACUGACUGCUAUGCAGUAAGAGAGACCUGGGCUUGGGGCUCCAGUGGGAUUUGGCGCUUUGAUGCAGAAGCAACUGAACAAACAGCCCUGAAUUUGAGGCUGCAGAAGGUGCGUCCAUUCCCAGAAACCACCCAAAGGAAACUGGGGGCUUUGUCAAGUCAGCCCAGCUGUGUGUUAAAGACCACCCUCCUCAGAAGCCCAGUUGUCCUUGAUGAAAAGGCAAGGAGGGGGCAGACCACAAGUGAGCCUGAUUUUGGUAUGGCUUGACGGACUCCCCUGAGAACUCCUUGAAUGUGUGCUAAAACCAGGGAAGCUUGUGACUCGGGAGCAGGCAGUCCCCCAAUGAUUUCCAAAGCCAGGUGGCAGGGCGGCCUGGGAACCCUCAGCGAGGAUGAUGAUAUCUUCCUUCCUGUGGAAUCCAGGGGACAUUAUUCUUUCCAAGCCCUUGAUUUGUUUUUCUAUUUCAUAAGCUUCUUCCUCUGAAUGUGAUCAAGGGAGUUUGGUGCUGGGCUGGUGAAACGGUUCUUGCUCUGCCUGCCAAUCCUCUUCCUGAAAACUCAGCCUCUUCCUGGAGACCCUGAGAGUGGAGGAAGACAGAUUUCCUCUGGGGCCUCUCCCUCACUUUGCCAGUCUGUACUGUUCCUGACUCACCCCCAGCAAUAGCCAAAAAGUGAUAGAAAGCCCCACCUAGUGCUUCUUUUCACACAUGGCUCUGCAUAGUGAAUGGAAACCAAGACCUUGAGGAAGAUGAGGGAAGCCCUCUUCCCCUCUUCACAGCCCCUACCCUUUGCACCUAUCAACACCAGAGUUCAGUGUUUAAACAGACAAAAUAUAAGUAUUGAGUAGGUGGUUCGUUUGCCGAAUCCAUUCUGUAGGAAUAAACCGCCGCUUUACUGUGUACCUGAUGGAUUUUAAACAUUCUUAGGGUACCCAGUCAAGAGUACUCUUUUCAUUACCUUCCAGAAAUCCCCCAGGUCAGAAGGGGUGCUGGAGUUUCUCAGCUCUAGAGAGGAUUGGUGGGAUCUUCCAUGCAGUGGCCCCACCUAGUGGUAGGAGAGAGGACUUCAGUCGGAUGGGCCAACAGAAAUUUAUUUCCAGAAGAACGGUUCAAGAGGAAGGGUUGUGGGUAGGAAAAUUAAUCAUUUAGGCUUUUUAAUGAAAUGGAAUGAGCCCAAGAGAGCACCACCAGCAAAGGCAUCCCGAGAACAUGUUAGCAAAGUCAGAUUGGCCAUGUGCCCUUUCAUUUUAACCUUAUGUGUCCCCACUCACCCUCUGCUGGGGCAGGAGGGCAGACUUGGGACUGCAGGGAGCCCCUUUCCCCCCAUUCCUAUGCAAGUUCACCACCUGGUCCUUCUGCCAAGUCAGUUUUUCUUUCUUUUGUGUGUUUCUGUGUUCCUGCAGCCUUCUCCCCCCCCCCCCCACCGUCGCCACUCUGUGGACUUGGACCGGAUCCCGACCACAGUCAGACAGUGACAUUAUGUACGGUGGCAUGCGUCAACAGUCACUAAUUUUCACUGUUGUGAAAGUGAUUUGAUUUAGAAUUAAACAAAUGGUUUUACAUUAC